AUGCAUCGAGCCUACCAGCCAAUUUUCCCAUGUGGCAACAAACAUCUUCAGCUAAAAUGGGACAAAGCAAAAUAUGAAGAACACAAGAAAAGGAUCCAGGCAGCAAAACCACUAGUGGACACAAGUGCCCCUGCAAUAUACAGCCACCUUCAUCUGAAGUUAGGGAAGCUGAAGUUGGAGGAAGAUCGACUUUCCAUCAUCGAAAGAGACAAUCGUUUGCUGCUGGAGAAGAUGUCCUGCAUCAUGAGAACAAAGGGACCAAUCAACAACAAAAAUGACUAUAAGGCCAAAAGUUUAAAUGGAGAAAAACGAAAGCAGGAGCUGCGGAGAGUGAACUGGGAGAACUGCGCCAUUCUGGAUAGAAUUACAAAGUCCCAGCCUCAGUAUCAAGUUCAGCAAUGGCACGAGGAUUGGCAACAAGCUGAAAAAUACAUGGCCAACAUUGCAAGAUAUCCUCGUGGGUGGUGUAAAUCACAGAGUCAAAAGGUAGCCCUGAGCUCCUGUUCUUGCCUUCCCGGUUAUUUCUAG